CAGGCUCAGUCUUUUAUAAAUUAUAAUAGCCUCGGGCAGGCACACAUCACUACCAUUCACCACAAACCUUACAAACUCAUGCAAAGAUCAACGGUCAUGAUCAUAUGUGUGCAAACUUUCAUGCUGAACUGCUAGCACUAAGCUCACAUUCCCCGUCUUCAGUUUUCAGACAUUCAUCAGAGUGACAGUCACUCACAAACCCAUCACCUCUCUCUCUCUCUCUCUCUCUCCAAUAACCACAAAGCAACAAACCCAUAAAAACCAAACAAAAUCUAUUGUUUCUUCUUUUACUCGCUUCGCUUCUCCUUUUUAACUGUGUAUUAAUCUACACAAGCAUUUCUGUCACCCGCAGCAGUAACAGGGCAAGAAGAGAGAAAUGGAGGAAAGGCCAGAAACGGAGCUAAUAUCCAUUCCAGCCACGCCACGUGUGUCGACGCCAGAGAUUCUAACUCCGUCAGGUCAGCGAUCACCUAGACCCCCUUCUAAGGAAGCGAAAUCAUCGACGGGGUGGACACCAACGUCGUUUAUUUCCCCUCGGUUCUUGAGUCCCAUAGGAACGCCGAUGAAGAGGGUAUUGAUUAACAUGAAAGGGUAUUUAGAGGAAAUGGGUCAUCUCACUAAGCUCAACCCACAAGAUGCUUGGCUUCCUAUCACUGAGUCUCGUAAUGGAAAUGCUCAUUACGCUGCCUUUCAUAAUCUUAAUGCUGGUGUUGGCUUUCAAGCCCUUGUUUUGCCUGUUGCUUUUGCUUUCCUUGGCUGGAGUUGGGGAAUACUGUCUUUGACCAUAGCCUACUGCUGGCAACUCUAUACUUUAUGGAUUCUUGUUCAGCUACAUGAAGCAGUUCCUGGGAAGAGGUAUAACAGAUAUGUGGAGCUUGCACAAGCUGCAUUCGGGGAACGAUUAGGUGUUUGGCUUGCUCUAUUUCCAACCGUUUAUUUGUCAGCUGGAACUGCAACAGCCUUGAUACUUAUAGGAGGAGAGACCAUGAAACUCUUCUUCCAGAUAGUUUGUGGGCCUCUCUGUUCAUCUAAUCCCCUAACAACAGUUGAGUGGUACCUGGUGUUCACUUCUCUGUGUAUUGUUUUGUCUCAGCUCCCAAACCUUAAUUCAAUUGCAGGGCUUUCCCUUAUCGGUGCCAUAACAGCUAUAACUUAUUCCACUAUGGUAUGGGUUCUCUCUGUUAGUCAAGAAAGGCCACCUUCAAUCUCCUAUGAACCCCUUUCACUGCCAUCCUUUACUGCUUCUGUCUUUUCAGCACUGAAUGCUCUUGGUAUUGUAGCCUUUGCUUUCAGAGGGCAUAAUCUAGUCCUGGAGAUUCAGGCAACAAUGCCGUCAACCUUUAAGCACCCAGCUCAUGUACCCAUGUGGAAAGGAGCCAAAGUUGCUUAUUUCUUUAUUGCUAUGUGCUUGUUCCCUGUUGCCAUUGGAGGCUUCUGGGCUUACGGAAAUCUAAUGCCUACAGGAGGAAUCCUCAAUGCUUUAUAUGGUUUCCACAGCCACGAUAUUCCUCGAGGACUUCUUGCAAUGACUUUCCUUCUAGUCGUGUUCAAUUGCUUAAGCAGUUUUCAAAUAUAUUCAAUGCCUGUAUUUGACAGUUUUGAAGCUGGCUAUACAAGCCGUACCAACCGCCCGUGCUCAAUCUGGGUUCGCUCAGGAUUUCGAGUAUUCUAUGGAUUCAUCUCUUUCUUCAUAGGGGUUGCACUUCCUUUCUUGUCCAGUCUUGCUGGUCUACUGGGUGGACUUACCCUUCCAGUCACAUUUGCUUACCCUUGCUUCAUGUGGGUUCUCAUUAAAAGACCUUCCAAGUACAGCUUCAAUUGGUAUUUCAACUGGAUUCUGGGCUGGUUAGGCAUUGCAUUUAGCCUAGCCUUUUCCAUUGGAGGCGUGUGGAGUAUGGUAAACAGUGGACUUAGGUUAAAAUUCUUCAAACCGCCCAAUUAAUAACUAGUAUUCGAGCUUUGGAAUUCUAUUACAGUCAUUUCUGUAGAUUUUGUGUUGUAUGCUUGUUUACAGUUAGCCUGGAAUUCCCUCUGUGACAUUGCCUGUCUUCCCUUGGCACUGCCUUGGUUCAACAUUUUCUUGGUCUUGAGGAAAAAAAGUGGUUGGGAGUUUGUUAUUGUUA